GUGAAUUGAAGUGGAAUAAGGUGGACUGAGGUGGAGUAUAAAUUCUUGUGCACACUCGUGUAGAUUAAGUUGCCUCGUGUCUGUUCCGUCGUUUAGAGCGGUUGAGUGCUCGACUGCCACUUUAAUACACUAGAAAAAUUAAAUUGUGGAAAAUGUUUCCUAUAAUUUUUAUUUUUUCACUUGCACUAACAUAUGUUGCAGGGGAAAUACCCUCUUAUAUGCACAUAUGCGGUCGCAAAAACCCAAAUCUAGAUAAAUGUAUUGCGAAUAGCAUUAACGAUCUAAGGAGUAAUAUCUGCAAUGGAAUACCGGAAUUACAAACUCCACCACUUGAGCCAUUCAUUGUUAAACAAGUAACUCUUUCUGACGUAGAUAAUGCCAAAAUGUAUGUUAGAGAUUUACAAAUUACGGGUCUUUGCGAGUUCAUUAUAAAUGAUCUUCACGUAAAUCUUGAUAACCUUCAUAUUGAGGGUAAUUUAUCAUUCAAAAAAAUUUUUCUGAACGGCACGUAUGAUGCCGAUAUACGUAUACUAGUGUCUUUUGUUAAAAAAGGAUUGGUUUAUUUUACUACAGAUAACCUAGCAGCAAAAGUGGCUGUAGACUUCAAAAUGAUAAAUAAAGACGGUAAAAAAUACAUAUAUAUGUCAAAAUUGAACGUGAAUCUCGAUAUUAAAACAUUGAACACUCAGUUUGGUUCGGAAUCAAAUGCAGAUCAAUUAAACCUAAUUGUUAGUACUUUCAUAGGCAGCAAUGAAAAAGAAUUGAUCAACAAGGCUAAACCGAUAAUAGAAAAAGAAUUAACUAAACAACUAUUAGUAAUUGCGAACAACAUAGUUAAGCACUUUACUUAUGACGAACUCUUUCCUGAUAGACUAUAAAUUAAAAUAUUCCAAAAUUGUGAAGGCUCCCAAAAGAAAAAUAUGGAAGGACACGUGUGUUGUGAGAACUGAGAUCUGUUCAUUUUGUGGCUCACAUCGGCACUUCGCCUUCCAUAUAAAUUAAAACUUUAAGAUUUACUGUCACAAAAUCGCUCUAUGAAUUUGCAAUUUGAUUGAUGAAUGAUUUAUGAAUAAUUAAAGCCAGUUUUCUUAUACAAUAUUUCGGAAAUCUACGAUAGACAUUUAUUUUCAUUAAAUAACUACAGACAAGUAAUUUAUUGUAGAAUAAUUGAUUGAUCACUCAGCAGUGCGGAGUCACUUGAAAAUAUUCCGUUUAAUUUGCUUUGCUUUUUGGAAUAAGAGUUUUGUAUAAAUGUAUUUGAUAUACAUACUUACAAAAUUGAAUUUAAAAUUGUGAUAUACUUACAAAAUUGUGAUAUACAUACUUAUAAAAAUGAAUUUAAAAUUGUAAUACCGUUUAUUAUAUCCAUAUAUCUAUAUAUCUUUUACAACUUGAGACUAAUAAUUUUAUUUAAACUUUUACUACUUGUAUUAUUGUUAUUACUCAUGUUGUUUUGUUUUGUUAUUAUGAGUAUAGUAAUAUUGUAUGUAAAAACAAAUUUAUGCACCGGUUAUUCUCACGUAACAAAAAAUGCGCUGUUCUAAUAGGUACAAAAUUAAAUUAUAUUUAUCAAGAUAUUUUUAAUAAAUAUUUUAAUGUCAAAGAAUUGAUAAAGCAUGUUAUAAAAUAUGUGCUGUUUUACUUAAAAAAAAGAGAGAAAAUCUUGACAGAAAAGAUAGAUUUUGUGAACACAUUAAAAAAUUUUGGAUUAUUUUAUAUCUUGCUACAGGCAUAUAAAAUUUACAACAUUACACAAUCCUCCUACACAUCAUAAUGAAUUUCAUUUUGAUAUGCAAAUCUUGUUUUUAUUAUAUCACAUGUAUCAGAGAUGUUAAGCAACAUCUUAAUAAUUAUUUUUUAAGAUUAUCUCGGUCGGAUGUCCUUCGUAAAAUGUCAUGGUGAUCGAGUUGUUUAGCAAAACAACAUGAUAUUAACAUGAUAUUCUAAGUAAAGUAAUACAGUUCAGCAAUAUAUGGGGCUAAUGUGCUCAUAAUUAACUCAUCAAUUAUUUAUUAUUGCAAUUUUUAUUGCAAUAUUAUUCUUUUUCAGUUAAUAUAUUGUCAUUGCUUAUUUAUAUUUAAAAAAAUUAUGUAUGCAAAAUGUUUUAAGAUAAACUUUACGUUUCACUUUAAUAUAAUUCUAAAAGCGCAUCUAACCUGUAUAAUUAUGUACGGAAAAUCUUGAAUAAAUAAUAUUGCAUAAUACGCCAA